AUGCAAACAAGAGAGGAAAGGGGAGCGAAGAAAGGGACCCUGGUGGAGCAAGGCGAGAGAAGCCAGUGCCGGACCCUGAAGGAGCGAGGCAAGAGAAGCCAGCGCCAGGACCUGGCGGAGCGAGGCGAGAGAAGCAAGCACCGGAUCCUGAAGGAGCGUGGCAAGAGAAGCCAGCGCUGGGACCUGGUGGAGCGAGGCGAGAGAAGCCAGCGCCAGGACCUACGAGGCGAGAGAAGCCAGCGCUGGGCCCUGGUGGAGCAAGGCGAGAGAAGCCAGCGCCAGGACCUGGUGGAGCGAGGCGAGAGAAGCAAGCACCGGAUCCUGAAGGAGCGUGGCAAGAGAAGCCAGCGCUGGGACCUGGUGGAGCGAGGCGAGAGAAGCCAGCGCCAGGACCUGGUGGAGCAAGGCGAGAGAAGCAAGCACCGGAUCCUGAAGGAGCGUGGCAAGAGAAGCCAGCGUCGGACUCUGGAGGAGCGAGGCGAGAGAAGCAAGCACCGGAUCCUGAAGGAGCGUGGCAAGAGAAGCCAGCGCUGGGCCCUGGUGGAGCAAGGCGAGAGAAGCCAGCGCCAGGACCUGGUGGAGCGAGGCGAGAGAUGCCAGCGCCGGACCCUGAAGGAGCGACGCGAGAGAAGCCAGCGUCGGACUCUGGAGGAGCGAGGCGAGAGAAGCAAGCACCGGGCCCUGGAGGAGUGA